CACCUUGCUUGUGUGUCCUUAUCUAGAACUUCCCGUUACGUAGAUUACAUAGGACAUGUAGCUCCCUGACAUGCCCGCCAUCUGAAAGGCAAGAUAGGUCUUCUAGCAGCCUCUAAUUAGUCAUGUUCUUCAAGAUUCUAUUAACGGCAGUGGCAACAACUUUUGUAUUACAGCUGGUAGGAGCUUUACAGACGACUGAUGUAUGCCCUCCAAACCUGGCCAGAGACCGCUACCUACAGGUGAGGGGCGACUUCUGCUAUCAGUUUGUGGAGUACAGGAAGGUCACCCAUUCCAUGGCUCAAGCCAGCUGUGAGAGAAAUGGAGGAACUCUAGCAUUAAUCAAAGACCAGGCCACUCAGAAUUACAUCCACAAUCAGAUUUUAAACACGUAUGGGCACCCUCGCCAGAGUGUGUGGAUUGGACUCACCGAUAUCACUAGAGAGAAUCAUUUCGUUUGGGACGAUGGCACCGUGCCAGUGUACACUCACUGGGAUGCCGACGCGGGCCCGGGGUCGAUUAAUCACGCCUUACACGACUGCGUGGUCCUAGACAUGUAUGCCGGGGGAAAGUGGCGCGAUAUCUACUGCGACACAGAGACGCUCCAUCUCUCCUUUGAAACCGAGGAAACCCAUGUCUAUAUUUGUCAGUAUCCAAUCCAGGCGACCAGCAGCACGUCGUCUCGAACUCAAAACUUGCCAUCCACGACAACCACUUUUGACGCAGGGGAUCAGAUCACAACAGAGGCUAGUACCCAAAACCUGCCAUCCACGACAACCACUUUUGACGCAGGGGAUCAGAUCACAACAGAGGCUAGUACCCAAAACCUGCCAUCCACGACAACCCCUUUUGACACUGGGGAUCAGAUCACAACAGAGGCUAGUACCCAAAACCUGCCAUCCACGACAACCACUUUUGACGCUGGGGAUCAGAUAACUACAGAGGCUAGUACCCAAAACCUGCCAUCCACGACAACCCCUUUUGACGCUGGGAAUCAGACCAUAACAGAGGCUCGUACCCAAAACUUACCAUCCACGACAACAGAGGCUCCCACCACAUUUGAAAGUAGUUCUCUUGCCGAUACUACUAGCAUUCAGACGUCAACAACCGAAUCCAAAGGCGUGUCUACUACUCCAUGCCCAGUGGUAAUCUGUUCCUUAGGCUGUAGCCCUGUUAGUUUUACGAAUGGAGAACACUAUGCAUGCCCCAAAUGUGUGUCAGCGCAGCAGACGGAUGUGUGCCCACCUAACCUAAUUAGAGACCGGUACCUUCAGGUGAGAGGCAACCUGUGCUACGAGUUUGUGGUCUACAGGCAAGUGACCCAUAAUGUGGCCAAGGCCUAUUGCCAGAGGAACGGGGGCACCUUGGCGCUGAUUAAGAACUUGGAGACCCAGAACUACCUCUACCGCCAGCUUUUACACACCUAUGGACUUCCCACGGCAAGGCCGUGGAUUGGGCUUAGCGAUAGUGUCCGAGAGAACCAUUAUGUCUGGGACGAUAAUACCAUCUCGGUGUUCACCCACUGGGCGGCAGGCGAAGGCCCGACAGCUACGGCAGACCAUGAACCUCAUGACUGCGUAGUCAUGGACAUUGCAGCGGCUGGGAAAUGGCGGGAUGUUAGUUGCGGGGCGGAUCCUGCUAUUGUUCCCCAUGAGGCCCACAUCUUUAUUUGCCAGUAUCACGUCCAUGUGGAGCUAAGUACGGUGUCUCACAGUCAGACAUCAGUCACGACUACUGACGAAGUCCAAACGACUACGGAAACCACUGUCGUGAUUGAGACCACUUCUGAUGGUGGGGUGCAGAGCUUAUUUACAGACAACACAAGCGUUUCUUCUAUCACAUGUCCAUCUGUAGUUUGUUCUUUGGGUUGUAGUGUAGUUAAAAUUAACGCAUGCCCUGAAUGUUCAUGCGAUACGUUUUAACUUCUUUUUUUUUAUGUUUAACUUGAGUAUUCUAGAAGAAUGGAUUAAAACCAUCUCUAUUUGGCGUAAAACAAAAACUCUAAAGAAAGUCUAAAAAUCAUAAAAAAUAUAAGAAUACAUGCAAUUUAUUGACAUCUUGGUGCCAUUUAGUUAAUGGACAUUUGCAUGGCAUUGGAUUUGCUGUUGCUAUUAAACCCUGCUAUAAUAUAUUUAUAACAUGCAGACAUUUGUAUAUUAAACAGAUAGACAGCAUAGCUGAGUAAAACUUGAAGGGAAAGGGGGUUGUUUAGUUUUAAGUUGCUCACAUAUUUAUUUCAGUCAGGCUGCUUGUAUUUUGUCAACCCUGUAGAAUGUAAGAUUAGUUUUGUUGUUGUUUUGUUAAUAUGUAAAAAUUGCUUGAUGGAACUUUACAAGUCUAAAAAGAAACAUACAUUCGUACA